AAAUUUUUCCUCCACCCACAUCGCCACUUCUACUUAUAUAUGUCUCUCCUCACUCUUGAAUCCACACAGCAACGGUUUCUGAAAACACAUUUCCUACUCAAGAAUUUCUUAGAAUCCAAUUCCAUGGCAAGUUCAAUUCUCAUUUCCUCAAUCAGCUUAGCCUUACUCAUGACAAUUGUAAUUCUUUCUCCUCGAGUCGAGGCUAGAGCUUUCUUUGUGUUUGGAGAUUCACUAGUUGACCAUGGCAACAACAAUUACUUAGUCACCACUGCACGAGCAGACACUCCACCUUACGGCAUUGAUUUUCCGACUCAUUUACCCACCGGCCGGUUCUCCAAUGGCCUUAAUAUCCCUGACUUUAUCAGUCAAGCACUUGGCUCGGAGCUCCUGUUGCCAUACUUGAGUCCAGAGCUUACUGGAAAGAAGCUACUUGUUGGUGCCAAUUUUGCUUCUGCUGGAAUUGGAAUCCUCAAUGACACUGGAAUUCAGUUUGUAAAUAUACUUAGAAUGUUUCAACAAUUUGAGUUCUUCCAAGAAUACCAGCAGCGAGUGGCUAUUCACAUUGGAGCUGAACAGACCAAGAAACUUGUUAAUGAGGCUCUUGUACUUAUCACAGUUGGUGGGAAUGAUUUUGUUAACAAUUAUUUCUUGGUGCCUAACUCCUUAAGGUCUCAGCAGUAUUCGCUGCCAGAUUAUGUGAAGUUUCUCAUCUCUGAGUACAGAAAACUUCUUCAGACACUAUAUGAUCUUGGAGCACGGAGGGUUCUUGUAACUGGCACAGGUCCAUUGGGUUGUGUCCCUGCAGAAUUGGCCUUGAGGGGCGAAAAUGGGCAAUGCUCAGAUGAGCUGCAACAGGCUGCAAAUUUGUACAAUCCUCAGCUUACUGAAAUGAUCAAAGAACUCAACAAUCAAUAUGGUUCAGACAUCUUCAUUGCAGCAAAUACAGGCCGAAUGAAUGCUGACUUUCUCAGUAAUCCUCAAGCAUUUGGAUUUACCAAUUCAAAGGAAGCUUGUUGUGGGCAAGGGCCUUAUAACGGUCUAGGACUAUGCACAUCCUUAUCAAACUUGUGCUCUAACAGGGAUGAAUAUGUGUUUUGGGAUCCAUUCCAUCCAUCAGAGAGGGUAAACGGAUACCUUGCUCAACAAAUCCUGAAUGGCUCCACCCAAUACAUGAACCCCAUGAACCUUAGCACCAUUUUGGCCUUGGACUCCAAGACCUAAAGAAUUGCAUUUUCUUCAAAAAUAUUUGUUCCUUUAAGUUUAAUAGUACAUGUUUAAUGUAGUGGUUGAUUUUCUGAGGAUAUUCAUGCGUUGAAUUGUCUUAGAACCCAAUUGUCGAAUGUGAUGUCUUUAAUUAAUCAGUUUGUAUAA